AUGCCAAAAGCCCCUGGAGGAGACGCGCGUCAGAUGAGACGUCACAACCCAUUGUCAGAAGACUACGCACCUUCAAACCCGCACAAGCAAAAAGCACCAAAGAGAAAAGGACGCUCCAAUGCCGGCGACGAGGAUGAUGAACAACAAGCAUAUAUUGACUCCAAGUCAUCGAGGAAGAUCAUCGCGCUGGGUCAGGAUUUGACUGCUGAGGAGGAUGCCGAGCUCGAGGCGCGCAGACCGCAAAAGGGAAGCGCGUCGGCGUUUGAGUUUGAGAGGGGACUGCGCGACGAGGAAGAGUCUGAUGAAGAGGCUGGAAUGCCGGAAGAUGAGGAGGCUUGGGGAGACGAGGAUGAUGAGGAGGUCGAGGAAGUCGAGGUUGAUCCUGAAGACUUGGCCAUGUUUAACAAGUUCAAUCCAGAAUUCGACCCGGCCACUUUGCUGGCACCGCAAGCGGAUGACGAGCAAGGAGACAGCACCAAUCUCGCAGACUUGAUCUUGGAGAAGAUUGCUCAGCACGAGGCUAGUCAGGCUCAAGGACACAUUAUCCGUGGUGGUGGCGCCCCCGAGGAUGCCAUCGAGUUGCCUGCAAAGGUCGUCGAAGUCUACACCCAAAUCGGCAUGAUGCUCUCACGCUUCCGCUCCGGCAAACUCCCCAAGCCCUUCAAGAUCCUCCCCACCCUCCCCCAAUGGGACACCCUCCUCUCCAUCACCCGCCCGGACUCAUGGACGCCCAACGCAACCUACGAAGCCACCCGACUCUUCACCUCCUCCCGCCCCGCCGUCGCCCAAGCCUUCAUCCACGACAUCCUCCUCGACCGCGUCCGCGACGACAUCCGCGAGACCAAAAAACUAAACGUCCACCUCUACAAAGCCCUCAAGAAAUCCCUCUACAAGCCCGCCUGCUUCUUCAAGGGUCUCCUCUUCCCUCUCCUCGCAUCUGGAACUUGCACAUUGCGCGAGGCACACAUCAUCAGCUCCGUGCUCGUCCGCGUCAGUAUCCCCGUCCUGCACUCGGCAGCAGCAAUCCACCGUCUCUGCGAACUCGCCGCCGAGCAAAUGACAGACAACCUCGAAGCCGGCGGCGCCACAAACAUCUUCAUCCGCGUGCUUCUCGAAAAGAAAUACGCUCUCCCCUACAAAGUCGUCGAUGCCUUGGUCUUCCACUUUUUACGUUUCCGCGCCGUCGACGAAGAUGCAAUGACUGAUGCUCCCUCUCACAUCAAGAGUGGGGAGAAGUUGCCAGUGUUGUGGCAUCAGUGUUUCUUGGCCUUUUCGCAGAGGUAUAGGAAUGAUAUCACAGAGGAUCAGAGAGAGGCAUUGUUGGAUUUGCUGUUGAACAAGGGACAUAGAAGUAUUGGACCAGAGAUUCGCAGGGAGCUUUUGCAGGGUAGAGGGAGAGGUGUUUUGGCGCCAGAGGUCGUCAUGGCUGGCGUGGAUGGUGAUGAUACUAUGGUUGAUAUCCAGUAG